AUGACAGUGCAAAAACAGAUAGGUGAUCACCUGUCUUUGUCGGACGCGAGCGCUUGCGCGGUGGAGACAGAUAAGUCUGUCCUAUUCACACACGUGCAACAAGUGGCACAUCAAGAGUACGUGGAGGCCCCUCGUCAAGUAACUGCGGUUUCGAAUGCACACGAGGCAAAUGCAUUUGAGGCGCCCGCGCACCUAUCCUUGUCAUGCGUGAGCGAUACGGAGGCGGAAGAUCAUAAAGCUGUCUCUGUCGCUCCCGUAUUAAGGUCGGAGAUGGCGACUCGAGCGCUUGUCUCGUCUGAGUCAGCUGGUGUGAUGACGUCGUGCAAUGUAGUGAAUGCAGAUAUACAAAGCGCCGUGAACAAGCAAGAUAAAUCCAUGUCAGUCACGGAUAAAGACUUUGACGACAUUCUCAACAAGUGGCUUAAAGAAAAUGAAGCAGAAAAUACUAAUUUUGAUGACGAAGAAGCAGUUAGAAGUGGUUCUGAGGCAGAACAAGAGAAGGAAAUGGUACCAGAAAUCAUCCAACCUGAUUAG